UGUCUGUCGCGCCGGUACUACUACUACUACUAUUAGGCCUAGGCCUAGCUAAGAAAGAAAUUUGAAAACACAGGCCGUUCGACUGCACAACGACUGCAAGAUCCCAAAUGUAAUGACGUCACAAAGUCACCAGUGCAUACUGUACUGUACGUUGUCGUAUGAAUUCUACGCUCAUGUUAACCUGAUUCUACUGUUUAAUGUGCAGAGAAUGCAAGACAGUAACAGAUGAGGAAAAUGGUUCUACAUUCAUAGGCCUACAUACAUUCAUUUAUCAAAAAUCUCUAUUAAUAAUGCCACUUAUUUUAUGUUUAACAUUCUACAAUUUUAAAUGUAUUCAGAUUGAAGAUCUCUGCCUGGAAUGUUGUCCCGAAAAAGAAAUUCAAAACCAAAAUAUCCCAGUACAAAAGUGAGCGAUUCUGAAGAUGAAGGGAAACAUAUGGAGGAAAUUGAAACACAGAUGAUGAUUCCUGACUCAAACAAGAAAACCAGGCCCAUUGGAUUACAAGGGGACCGCUCAAAUGUGGCAAUUCUUUUAUUUCUGUACAUACUGCAAGGAAUUCCUCUUGGCCUUGCUGGAAGUCUCCCACUAGUACUGCAAGGAUAUAAAAUCUCCUACAAACAGCAGGCCAUGAUUAGCUUUAUAUUCUGGCCAUUUAGUAUGAAACUUCUUUGGGCACCAAUUGUGGAUGCUGUUUAUAUAGCAAGGCUAGGCCGGCGGAAAACCUGGUUGGUCCCAACACAAUAUUUUAUAGGAUUUACAAUGAUAGCACUGUCUGGGAGUGUCAAUUCACUUCUUGGUGAGAAAGGCUCAGAUUUUGAACCAAAUGUUUUCGCUCUCACAGCCUUAUUCUUCUUCUUGAACUUCUUAGCCGCAACGCAAGACAUUGCUGUGGAUGGGUGGGCUCUUACCAUGCUAGCAAAACAUAACCUUGGUUACGCUUCGACAUGCAACUCUGUCGGACAGACAGCAGGUUAUUUUCUGGGUAAUGUUGUGUUUUUAGCAUUUGAAUCAGCAGAAUUUUGUAAUGCAUAUAUUCGCUCAGAACCAGCUGAUAAAGGGCUGUUUACUCUUUCAGAUUUUCUUUUCUUCUGGGGCAUAGUCUUCAUAGUCUGCACAACACUUGUAUUAAUAUUCAAACAUGAACGCAAAGACGAAGAUGAAUCUAUAGAGGGCGUUUUUGGAACUUUCAAGCAACUUUAUCAGAUUUUAAAACUUGAAUCAGUUAGACAGUACAUAGUGAUAUGCCUUACAAUAAAAAUUGGGUUUGCAGCUGCUGAUAGUGUCACAGGUUUGAAAUUGAUAGAAGCUGGUGUGCCUAAGGAGAAGCUAGCCAUGAUGGCAGUACCACUUGUGCCAAUACAAAUCAUUCUGCCCUGGGUCAUAGCCAAGUACACUGCAGGGCCUAAGCCCCUGAAUGUCAUGUUGAAAGCAAUGCCUUUUAGAUUAAUGAUGGGUUUGGUAUUUAUGAUUAUUGUUAAAUGGACUCCGACAGUAAAGCUUGAAAAUGGUGACUUUCCAUUUUAUUAUUACUUAAUCAUCCUCCUAAGUUACGGUUGCCAUCAGGUAACUCUUUACUGCAUGUUUGUUGCUGCCAUGGCUUUUCAUUCUAAAAUCAGUGACCCGCUUAUCGGCGGUACUUACGUAACCCUUCUAAACACCGUAUCAAAUCUUGGUGGGAAUUGGCCGGCAACGGUUGCACUAUGGUUCAUCGAUUUUCUGACAUUUAGAUCAUGUCAUGGUGUUAGUAGUCAGGAAUAUGAUUGCGAUGUAAAAGAAGACAGAGAGGUGUGUUUAAAAGCCGGUGGAGUAUGCCAAAUAGACUACGACGGUUACUUCAUUGAAAGUAUUGCGUUUCUGUUGGUGGGUAUGCUUUGGCUGAAGUUGAUGUCAAAAAAAACAAAACAGCUGCAGAAUCCUGAUGUUGAAUGGAGGCUAUCAACAGUUUGGCGUGAUUGAAAAAAACAAUGAGAAAUUGGAGGGGUCUUUAAUUACAGG